AUGUGGCCCUUAGCGUCCCUACUCCCUCUUCUUGCGGCUUCUGUUCUCGCGGCACCUACGCCCCAAGCAGAUGGCACCACCUGUCCCACCUCCUCUUUCGCUCUAUUCUUCGGACCAUCCCUCUCCGACGGGCGGGAAGCCUACGCAUGGAACGACCUCACAAACUGGAUCCGCGCCAUCACAAGCCUUGACAUUGACACACCCGAACGUGCGACAUUCCAAGUCAACAACAACCGCCUGUUCCCCAUCAGCAACAGCACCAUCUUUGCCACUGUUGCCAAUGAGGGUGGCGUAAUCGAAUUCCAUGAUUCCGAGACCACUGAUCGUGCUGCUAUCAAUGCCGAAGUUGUCCCUGGCACCGAUGGGAAGUGUCGCCUCUCAUUGACAGCCGGCACAAACAAGUACAUCAGCAUGCAGAACUAUAAAGGCUGGAUGCAUCUCACCUCUGACCCUCAGUACUCCUCCAGAUGGUGGGGUGAGGGGCCGUUCGAGAUGGUGCCCUUUCCUGCUGCCGCUCCUGCUGUUUCUACCCGCCAGGAAGAGUAG